AACCGUUGCGAGGACUUUUGCCAGGAGCACCCGCGCCUGCAUUGCGUCGGACCUGACCAUUUGCAAUGUGAAAUUCCCAGGGAAGGUCGCGGCCCGGGGCCCGCGCGUGUGCGGCUCUGCGCAGCGCGAGGAAAAUAGAAUUGGUGGUCGGCUGUGCUGGCAGGAGAAGGGGGGGGUGAAGAAAAAAAAAAGCUGCGCUGGCAGGGGUGGGAACUGAAUGACAACCCCCCUCUGCCAAACCACCCCCUCAUAUUUUCCAUCUACCUCCUCGCUCCUGCCCUCCCCCGCCCUCCCCAACCCACGCCCGGGUGGGCCAAUCGCGGCUCCGCAUUCCGGGCGCUUUCUCAGGUUUCUGCUGAUCUUGCAGCGCCCAGAAAUGGACCGAGCGGACCCGCCGCCGCACGCACCCCGGGCCGCUCGGAGCUGCUGAGCGGCUCCCUCGCGCGCCGCCGAGCUCCGGCGAGGUCCGAGGCGCGGGCGCGGGCAGCGCGGAGACCCCCGGGAGCCAUGUAGAUCCCAGGGCUUGGCGCUCGCCCGCCUCCUCCGGGAUCGAAUCAGGGGCUCCCAUCGUGCUAGGAGGGGGCGAGAGUGCUGUUUAUCGUCAUUUGCCUCCGAGCUGCGGGAGAGGGUGGCAUUUUGCUUGCCGCCCCGCAUCCCCCCGGAACUCCCCGCACCCGAGAUCAGAGAGGAGGAAACCGGCGUCUCCAGGUUACCGGCGGCGGCGGCGGGUGAGGAUGUUCGCCGGAGCGGGCCCGUGACAGCGACCGCCCGGCUCCGAGGGGCGGAGGGCGAGGGGGCGAGGGCGGCCACUUGGCCCGGGCGCUCUCGGAUGCUCCCGCCGCUGCUGCGGCGGCGGCCGCGGCUCCCGCCCGGGGACUGCAAAGACGACCUACCGCAUUCCGACUCCGGCCCUCGGCCGACUCAGCACCGCCCCUGCGCCAAGCCGGCCGGCCAGCGUCCAUCGAUCGCCCUGGUGGGAGCUUAGAAGGCGGCAGGCGAAGAGGGGUAGGAGGGGAGGGGAGGGGAGGGCAGGGGAGGGGACGGAGCCCGGGAGCAGCAGAGCGGGUGGCAGGCGAGGGGGAGUAGGGGGGUUCUGCUGAGCUGGUUCUGCACCGGGUCCUAGCCGGGCUUGGGAAGGGCCAAGGAGACUCCCCAGGACAUGGCCCUGUCCGCCAGCACGGCACUGCGUUAAGGCACCUUGGAGCCGGAGCCGGAAGGUGGGGGAGGGAAAGAAUCCACCAGAACCCUCCCCUCCUCUCCCCUAGAUUUGAAAAAGAAAAAAAAAAGCUGCACCCCGGGCCACAGGCCAGGGGCGGUCCCCACCGAGCCCCGGGCGAGCCUGGAGGGGAAGGUCCCCCUGAGCCUCCGAGGCACGCACCUCUGCACGCGCUCGCCUCGAAGCCCCUCCCCGCCCUGAGCGUGGGGGGGAGCCGCGCUCUCCGGUGGGGGGGCGCCGGGGUCCCCCCCACCCCCCUCUCCUAGCUCCCUCCCUCCCCACCACCACCUCCCGGGCCUCUCCUCCCUGCCCCCUCCGGGGGAGGCCGCCACCAUGACGGUGAUGUCCGGGGACAACGUGGACGAGGCUUCGGCCGCGCCGGGCCACCCGGCCGAGGGCAGCUACCCGCGGGCGGCCGAGCACGACGACCACGAGUGCUGCGAGCGCGUGGUGAUCAACAUCUCGGGGCUGCGCUUCGAGACGCAGCUGAAGACCCUGGCGCAGUUCCCCAACACGCUGCUGGGCAACCCCAAGAAGCGCAUGCGCUACUUCGACCCGCUGCGCAACGAGUACUUCUUCGACCGCAACCGGCCCAGCUUCGACGCCAUCCUCUACUACUACCAGUCCGGGGGCCGGCUGCGGCGGCCCGUCAACGUGCCGCUGGACAUGUUCUCCGAGGAGAUCAAGUUCUACGAGCUGGGGGAGGAGGCCAUGGAGAAGUUCCGCGAGGAUGAGGGCUUCAUCAAGGAGGAGGAGCGGCCCCUGCCCGAGAAGGAGUACCAGCGCCAGGUGUGGCUGCUCUUCGAGUACCCCGAGAGCUCGGGCCCCGCGCGCGUCAUCGCCAUCGUCUCGGUCAUGGUCAUCCUCAUCUCCAUCGUCAUCUUCUGCCUGGAGACGCUGCCCGAGCUGAAGGACGACAAGGACUUCACGGGCACCGUGCACAGGAUCGACAACACCACGGUCAUCUACACGUCCAACAUCUUCACGGACCCCUUCUUCAUCGUGGAGACGCUGUGCAUCAUCUGGUUCUCCUUCGAGCUGGUCGUGCGCUUCUUCGCCUGCCCCAGCAAGACGGACUUCUUCAAGAACAUCAUGAACUUCAUCGACAUCGUGGCCAUCAUCCCCUACUUUAUCACGCUAGGCACCGAGAUAGCCGAGCAGGAAGGGAACCAGAAAGGCGAGCAGGCCACCUCGCUGGCCAUCCUCAGGGUCAUCCGUUUGGUUAGGGUGUUUAGGAUCUUCAAACUCUCCCGCCACUCCAAGGGCCUCCAGAUCCUGGGCCAGACCCUCAAGGCUAGCAUGCGAGAGUUAGGGCUGCUCAUCUUUUUCCUCUUUAUCGGGGUCAUACUGUUCUCUAGCGCAGUGUACUUUGCCGAGGCGGAAGAAGCUGAGUCGCACUUCUCCAGUAUCCCCGAUGCUUUCUGGUGGGCGGUGGUGUCUAUGACCACUGUAGGAUACGGUGACAUGUACCCUGUGACAAUUGGAGGCAAGAUCGUGGGCUCCUUGUGUGCCAUCGCUGGUGUGCUGACAAUUGCCCUGCCCGUACCUGUCAUUGUGUCCAAUUUCAACUAUUUCUACCACCGAGAAACUGAGGGGGAAGAGCAGGCUCAGCUGCUCCACGUUAGCACCCCUAAUUUAGCCUCUGACAGUGACCUCAGUCGGCGCAGUUCCUCCACCAUCAGCAAGUCUGAGUACAUGGAGAUCGAAGAGGAUAUGAAUAAUAGCAUAGGCCAUUAUAGACAGGCCAAUAUCAGAACUGGCAAUUGUACCACAGCUAACCAAAACUGUGUUAAUAAGAGCAAGCUCCUGACCGAUGUUUAAAAAUGCAGACAAACUUAACAACAACAACAAAAACAAAAAAAACAAGCUCCCCCCCUACACACUUAGCAGCUUGAAAGACUUAGAAAAACCAAUAACACCCCUCUCCCCCUCCCCACCCCCAGUGACCCUAGUCACAGGUUGUAAAUACUUUACUUUAUAUAAAUAGUCUUCGAAUGCUCCAUUAAACUGUCAAUGCAUUGUUGCAUUGCAGAAUUUGGGGGGGGGUUGUUGGCAAAACGGAAGCUUUUGAGAUCCGUGAGAACAAAACCAAACUCUUUUCAUUUUAUUAAAAAAAAUGGGGAAAGAAAGUGUAUUUUCUAAAAAAAAAAAAAAACCCGAUGAAGAAAUUUAGUCUGUAAGCUAGUCUAGGUCAAAACAAUUCCUCUGCUUCUCUCCUACUGAAACCUUUUUGAGUUCCUGAGUCUUCUUUACCUUUUUUUUUUCCCCUUUUAACUAAAAUAAGUGAAUAAAUAAAUAAAUAAAUAAAGACCCAAACAGAACCAGGUGAUCCUUUAGCUAUAUAAAAUUAAAAUUUGCAUGGGACUCCAAUAUAAAAAAUCUCUACAAACUGCACAGCACACUUAAGACAGGGCAUUGGAUGUAUUCUCUGCUAGAUGGCAUGCCAGCCGAAACAGGCAGCAAACGAAUGUUUUUAUUUUGAUCAACCAAACUGCAGAUCCCAAGGUAAAAAUUCAAAAGCCCAUCAUAUAGGUUCACCAAGCACCUUAUCAACCCGAUGCAGGUCUGUUAGACCCAUAGGAAUUCUCUCUGUCCCUUUCCCCCGUGAUUCCCAACUAUUCUGCAAGGAAAAAGAUUUCAAUCGAGAAUGAGACCAAUCGAUUUAUCUGCAGUGCUGCUCAAUUUCUCAGUUGCAGAUGAGCCAAACAGGUUUUUUUUUCUUACUAGUCCUUCACCCUUGACCUCCAGAGCUGGAUAUCAAACUUUAGCCUCCUGUUGCAAGAGAGCACAAACGGAGUUUGAUGUAAGCAUGUUUGAAUCUGAUACUCUUCUUUUUUGUUUGUUUUUAAUUGCAUGCUGAGAUGUUAACUCAGACGAAUAGGGGAUAAGCUUACUUUGAAAUUGAACCUUCUAAAAAUAGACCCUUUUUCAUUUGCAUUCACCAAAAGUGCACUCCCUCAUUUAUUAACGAUUUUAUUAGUAAAUAAAGUACUGUAUUUAAGUGCAUAUGUUAGUCAGAGGGGAACAAUAAUUUUUCUGGAGCUCCGAGCAUGUUCUCUUAUUCAGCAUUAUGGCCUAUUUGAUUAAGGUGUACCUUGAAUUAAUUAAUGCAUGAUUUUAAUUUAAGAAAAUGGAAAAAUAAUAAAAAUCUACAAGUCUGUGGGAUGAAGAGCCCCAAAGAAAUAAUGGGGGGUGGGGGUGGGGGGACAAUUUUCCUGCCUUUGCUCAGGAAAGGUUUCUGUGUAGGUGUGGAAAGAGAGAGAGGACCAAUGCCCAUUCCUUCAAGGGAAGCUAUGUAGGAAACUAAAUAAGUCAUCAAGGUAUAUAUAGUAACACCUAAGAACAAGUAUUCUUUUUAGAUGAAGAUAAAUACACACACACACACAAACACAAAAAGGUGCAAUAUUGCAUGUUUUUUGGUGCAUUCUUAGGAUGUAAAUGAACAUGUUAUCUAUUGUAUGCAUCCAAAGCAGAGCUGAUUUCUUUUGCAGUCAUGAUCUGAGGUCUGUAGAGACCUCACCCCGCCCCUUUGAGGCUCCCCCCCCCAAGAAAACUCAACCAGUUGAUUCAAUAGUUGCUUAGUGCCUUUACCCUGUACCCAGAGUGAGCUGCAGGAAGUGCCUCACUCACAUCCAUUGAGAAGUUAGUUAGCAAAAAAAAAAAAAAAAGAAGAAGGGUUGGGGCGCAGAUAUUUUUGCUUUUGUUUUUCUCCACCCGUGCUGUCUUGCCUCACCACUGUGAGAGAGAGGACCACCCCCUCCCGAAGCCCGGAGGGGUGGAGACAUUCAGGAGGAUGGACCCUGCUGCCCAGUCCCUGGACUUUAAUCUGUUUGAGAGCCCAAGGAGGGAAUGUUGACUGGACCUUGAGACCCGCUUUCCAAAUGAACGUGGACUACAGAUCUGUUUUUCAAGCCCAUCUCUUCUCCAGCAGAAGUUCAGAUAAACUUUUUUGAGAACUUGGUACCCUCUGGACAUGCCAUUCUCAGAUCCCGCCAAGUGCUUCCAGUGUGGACCCCGGUCUUGUCUGUGAGUCUUCACACACACACACACACACACACACACACACACCAGGAAGGUGAUGAUCUUUCCAGCCCUCGAUAUGCAGGGUGCUCGACUCACAGUAACCUUGCUGAGAUUUGCCUGCCCUUUGUCUGCCAUGCCUCCUGAUGGUUCCGGACCUGCCCACCUUGCUGUCCCUGGUCGGGCUGAGAACCUAACUUCUGUGGCUCCUUGGGGCUGCUCUACUUGUACCUAACCCAGAGAAAGGGGAUGAUCCUGUGCCUAGUUGAAAGUACUACAUAACACAGGGCUCUGCAGCCCAUAGCUGUCCCCCAAAUGGAGAAGCACUCAUAGUCUUUUUGAAGGACACCAUGGUAGUGGGGACCUUUACUCUGCACUUAGCAUGUGGCCACCUGCUCUUCAUCACCUUACGUCUCUUCCCAGUUCCUGGGCAUCUGUUCCUUCCGUUCUGUCUCCCACCCUACUUGCAACAAGGCAGUAAGCCCAGACACCAAGCCUGGCUGGCUCUGUUGAAAGAAAGAACAUGGAUGUUGUAUUUUCCUUCUGGGAGUCUAUCACAUGAGCAUCUACACACAUCCUGGAAGAUGAGGGGCCAAGGACCACACAGUGUCUGACUACAGGAUAUGAAACCCUCUCCUGCUUCCUUCUCAUUUGAACCUUGGCUCAUCCUGGCUGUUUCUCUUCUAUCUGCUUAAAAGUCUCCAGUUGGGGCAAAAACACCACCCCCCUCAGACCUUUCUCCCCGACCCCACCCCCAUCUCCAGGGAUAUCUUGAUCUUUUAUUUAGUUGAGAUCUUGGACACAUCGAACUUGAAACACUGCAUCUGUCAACAGCAAUAAUCCACGAAGUACUGUGGGAUACAUGGGUCAGAUGGGACCAAGACUGUUAAGACUGACUUUGGCUAUCUGGUAUACCUCUCAGCGUUUUCUGCGGGACUGGCUUGAUUUCUCCUGCAUGUAUUCUAGGAAAAGGGGCUGCAUGCAAGGAACCUGCCAGCCAGGGCUGGGGGCUGAGUUGUUGUUAUGAAUUUGGGAUUUGGGUGGUUUGAGGAAAAUGAAUGCUGCUUAUCCAUCUGACGCUCAUUGCAACCAAGUCAGUAAGAAUGGAGUACAGGGAUUCGCUGUAGCAUAGGCAUGCAAAGUUUGUCAAAGCGCUUACCCCCUUGCACUGUAAUGUGCUGAAAUGUUUUUGUAGACCUGAAGGUGCACUUACCAAAACUGCCUAUUAAGGAAUGACUAUCUUUUCGUUUACUUCCUUCUGUUUCUUUUAUUGGGCUUUUUACCUUUUUCACCCCCUUCCCUGGACUUGAGUUUUAUAAUGCCUCAUGGCCUGACUAUGUGUUUUCUCCAGAUGGAGAAGACUUCUGACCUGCUGAUAGCCAUAACUCAGCUCUUCCAGUGUGUCGGGACCCUAGUUCAAUAGGGUGGCAGUGGAAGAGAUGGGUCCCCCCAGGGCUGUUAGCCAUCCCAGAAUCUCUGAAGUGGUUAACUCACCUCAAGUGAUCUGAAUUAGAGAGACCAAAGACAUUCAUUUCCUCUGUCCUCAGAUUUCUAGAAGACAGACUGUAGCCAGGAAAGGUUUUGUUUUUGCAUCUUCUCUUCCCCAUAUGUGCACAGCCCUUCGCUCCCCUGAGAGUCGAGUUUUUAAUUAUCUGUUACCGCAAUUCACCGGGAGCAUGACAGUGAGUUAGCCCAGCCAAAGCAUCAAAUAGAUAAGGAGCAAAUUACCCUCCUGGAAUAUGACUGGUGGACAGUCAUUUCUCCCCAAGGAAAUUAGGUGUAGAAAUUAUGGAAAUUAGAAACUCUGUGUAGCUUCCAAACACAGGUGACCGUCUCAAGCUUGGCUCCCUGGAGAUUGAGAAGAAUACAUGUAAAUGGUCAGGGAAGAAUAGAUUUCUUUAAGCAGAAAAUUGGUUUGGUCCAUGAAGAGCCUCCUUUUUGUGUGUAUACGUAUUGAUUUUUCAAAACUAUUCUGAAGAAUAAAGAAAGUCGUUUCUGAACCCUCCCAUUUAAUACAGGGAACUUUAAAAUAUAGGCCUUUAAAAAUAAUCUUACAAUCGAGUUGCUUGUUUGGUAGAUUGGUUUGAACAUUAGCAGAAGGCAAUUCCCCAUUUUCUUCCAGGAAUGACUUAUUCCUGGGAGUGGUGAGAAUUGGUGGGUGGAAACCAUCCAUAGCAUAAACUUGUUAGAAAGACUCUAACCUGCCAAACAUUCAUUUUAUUUCCUACUUUUCACAACCACCCCCCCACCCCAAGACAGAAUGAGAUCUUUUGAUAUUUGUUUCCAGAAGAAAAAAUAAGUAAGCUCAAAGUUUUAAAACCAGACACAACCCAAGUUGAUUCUAAUCUCAGGAGGUGGCCCCUUAUCCACCAUGUGGUGUAUUAAUACUUAUGUUUAUAUCCUGGAAUUUCAGGGUAUAGGUGGACAUGUCCAGCAUGACUCAGGUAAACCUUAGAAGAAUGUACAUUACUUAGCAUUUUUGUAAAGAAGCAAAGAGGAGCUGCAUUGUUAGCUAAAACUGUCCCCUUCCCUUAGGUCACUGUGUGAACUCAUUCAGGGUAUGGGUGUCAGGUUUAGAAGUUCUAAUCAAAUGCCAGUUCUGCUAGGCAAAAAAAUAAACAAAUUAAUUCAAUGACCAGGAGGUUUCCUAGGGAAGCCCAGGGUCGAGGUAAGGGGUCUUAGAGUCCCUGCUGACUCUAGGACUCUUAGCUUUAAGAAGAUUAGCUCUCAUUAUAGUGGUUUCCAUUUAGGAGCUUUAUAGGAGCUUCUUCUUCUUCUUCUUCUUUUUUUUUUAACUGAUGUGAGAUGUCCCAGAGUAUAAAAAAGUUUUAUAGCAUAAUCAAAGAAGAAGAAAAGGUGUUAGAAAAGGAAGCCAAACCAAAUACAAACUUUCUUGCAAAAACACUCCAGAGUUCAAGUUGUUUUCUCUCCAAAACUUGUACAAGCACCCUUCUUCUUUUUUUAGUGCACUGUCUGGGAACCCUUUAGUGACGGACUUAAGGAGACAGCACAGACUCAAUAAGACAUACCUCUACUAGGGAUAAUCCAGUAUUACCAAGGGUUAAAACACCAAAAUUGAGUAAGUAUUGAUUUAAAGUGCACCAUCAGGACAACAAACCAUUGAAGCUGAAAAAGCACUAUUUUCUUUCUUGAGUUUGCCAGUUGCUUCCACCCUGAGUUAAGGAUGCGUACCCUUGUCACCCACGGGCAUUUCUCUGCCCUAACUGUUGAACUUGUCAGGUUGAGGACAUUGAAUGUUCAGAAUUGAGAACCUAAUUGAAGAGCAUAGUUUUCAUCUAUGCAAUUUUACUUGCUUCUGUCACUUUAUGAUCUGUUCAUACUUGGCAUCAAUUAAAGAUAAUUUUUAAGGAUCUUA